AUGAUGAGCUUGUGCGAUUCUCUUCCAGCAAAAGAUCCAGACGACAUGCCUUCUGUGGCCUUCGGUUCGCUCCAGGACGCUGAAAGCGCCGUGUCUGUGAGCUCGGAGGGUCGCCGCAGCAGGCAGACAGGACCUUGCCGCGGAGGGGCGAGCCGAGGGGCCGCCGCCGAGCGCCGCUUCCCUUCAGGGUUUCUCUUCUCGCCUGCCUUUUGCGCGUCGUCGUCGUCGGUCAGCCAGGGCCCCACGUGGUUGUCUGCGGCGCAGACCGCGUCGGAUGAGACGGUGGGGGGGCGGCCUAUGUCCAAGACGCGUUUGUUCUCUUCACUGUUUUCCUUCUCGUCUUCGUCCGUCUUUCGGUCGCCUCUGGCGGACUCCGGGUCCUCUCCCUCGCUGAGAAGUCCCUCGGCGCGGCGUUGCUCGUCACAAGAGCCCCCGUGCCUCUACGAAAGAGCUCCCUCAGGGCCCUGUAUUGCAGCCGGCGAUGUCCUGCCGCGUUCGCCGCAGCUCUCAGACUGCGGCCUCCGCGGAGACCAAGUGGGCGUCAGACAGGCGGCCGAGAACCGCGGCAAAAUGUACCGGACUGCGGCGACGGGAGUUGCGCCUCGCGGGCACAAACGAUUCGUCCUGCUGCCUGUGCAUGGCCGGCCGAUGUCGAAAGGCGGCAGCCGAAGAGACCUCAGCGUAGUGGCGCCUUCGCCGCUGGGCCCCGGGGGGCAGGCGCUGUCGAGGGACAGCGACAAGUCCAGAAGCGAGGACAGGCGGGAGAGCGAGCGAAGAGGAAGGCCGGGCGAGCCCGACAUGGAGAAGCGCAGAAACCAGAGAGGAGAGAAGGACGCGGCGAGUGGGUCGUCGAAGCUGUGGGGGCGGACAGAAACCGAAGAUGAGGACGAAGAGAAGGGCACGCGAAGCACGGAGGGUGAGAUUUACUCACGCCUAGGGUCCAAGGCGCACCAGAAGAGCACUUCCAACUUGCAACCAGAGGAGGCCAGAAGACGGCGAUUUCGCGUGUCAAGAAUCUUUCAGCGGCUUCGGCUCAGCGCUGCACAGACGUUUUCUGAAGAGGAUGAGAAGCACUAUGUGGAAGAAGUUCUCCAUUUUUCGCGGUUUCGCUCAGUUCCCGUGGCCAUUGCUGUGCUGGUGAUUUCGCUGCUCUACACGCUGCCGUAUGUGCUUCACGCAUUCCAAGAGAUCAUGUCGCCCAGCGCGGCUCUCUGGGUGUAUUUCUACUCGCCACCGGCGUCGUCGCCCUCCGCAGGGUCGCAGCUCGCUUCCACCACUGCAUCUGCUGCGCCUUCGCUCCAGGCUUCUUCUUUGCAGAGGGGGGAAGGCCCCGAGGCGCCUUCGCCGGAUUCCGCUGUCCACACUUUGGUGGUGAUCAGCCUCGUUUGCUGGGUUCUCUCGCUCGUGUGCGUGUUGUUUUUUGCGAUUUUUUCUAUUUUCGGGGGGCUGUUUCGGCACGUCGAAAAGGUCCUCUGCGUCGUGACCGCAAUCAAUUUUAUCGCACUGGCUUUCGGCGAAUGCUUCCAGGUUCUGCGUAUCUCCUUCACCUCGUCUGCAGCGCCGCCCUUUGUGUCUCCGCUGAAUGCAUCAGCGUCGCCUUCUGCGGUUCCCCCGCCGUCCUACGCUGCGUCUUCGCCCGCGGCCUCGAAUGCCUCGGAGCCCGGCUCGUUCUCGGCGUCUCCGUUCUCGGCGUCUCCGUUCUCGCCGUCGUCGCUUGCGGAGGACUACAUUUGGACCAGGACGGACUCGAGUUUGAUUCCCGAGAUUUUGAUUAUGCAGUUGUUUUUCCUGAUUGUUCUGGAUUUCAUUUUCUGCGUGCGGAUCCGCAUCUCCCAGUGGCUCCACCUCUGCGCGGCUUCAAUCCUCGUCUCGCUCUCGCUCAUCCUCACCGUCGGCCUGCCGCUGCGGCCCUUCCGCCUCGUCUCCCUCUGGGCGCAGACCGUCAUCGGCUGCUUCGUGCUGGCCAGCUUCCACUUUGCGAGCCGCGCACUCGAGACCGAGCGCCGUCGGACGUUCCUGCACUUUGAGGUUGCCAAGGCGCGCGUCGCGGAGCUUCAGCGGCGCGUGGACACGGACAAAACUCAAGGCAAAGUCGCCGUCUUCCGACUCAUCCAGACGCUGAAACAGAUGGGUGCCUAUGUGCACAAACUCAGCGAGGAGCUCCCGCCGGAGGCCGCGGAAGAUAUGUGCGAGUUGGACGCGCUGCGCGUGCAGUGUCUGAGCAUCGCGACAAGCUCAGAAAACCUCUACGCAGUGAAAGUGGAUUUCUUACCCAGCGACGUUCUUGACAUGCUCCAGCUGCCCGCGCAGGACUCCUUCGAAGGCUCAGCCGCCAGCGACAGCCAGGUCUUGCUCGGCGACAGCCUUUCUCCGAGAUUGCCUUGCUCUGCGCCGUGUCCGCUGUUCGCCUGCGAGUCGAUUGAGGGAGGCCCGCUGACGUCGCCGGCAGCGUACCUCAUCUCUCGAAAGAGCGCACUGGGGGUCGACGGGGCCUUCACGUCGGCGUUCGUUUCGCGCGUCUCCAGCGGCGUCCGUAAGGCCUCUGCGCCGUUUUCGGGCUUCCCGUCGACUCCAGGCGCAGACGAGGGUGAAGCCGGCGAGAAGCGAGAGACAAAAAAGGAGAAAAAGACCCCGUUCGUGCCACCUCUCGUGGCGAAUGUCGAGCUGCUCUGCCACGUCGGGAGCUUCUGGCCGCUGGACGUGCUCAAAAUCGAUGAGGAGUGCGACGGCAAUGCCCUUCUGCACGUGGGGUACCAGCUGCUGGAGCCGUUCCUUUCGUCGGGGUUCGUGUCGUGCUCGCGUGACGUCGCGUUGGAGUUUCUGUUUUCGCUGCAGAAGCUCUACAGAGACAACCCGUACCACAACCAGGUGCACGCGGCGCUCGUAGGGCACUUGUCGAUGUCGCUCUGCCAUCUGCUGGAUUUCUUUCGGCGCGACCACGCCGUCGACUUCUCGCCGGCGGGCUCCGCGGACCCCGCGGGCGCGGCGGGCUCUGCGGGCGCGGACGACCCGUCGCUCGCGUCUCAUCGACUGGCGCUGACAAUCGCUGCCAUCGGACACGACGCGGGUCAUCCGGGGCGCAGCAACAGUUUUUUGACGCAGUCGGCCUCGACGUUGUCGGUUGUGUACAACGACCGGUCGAUUUUGGAGAACUACCACUCGUGUCUGACCUUUUACACACUCUCGCAACGCAGCUGCAACAUCUUCAGGGGGAAGACAGUGAGUCAGUACCGCGAGAUCCGCAAGAAGAUCAUCGAGCUGAUCCUGGCCACCGACAUGGCGCACCACUUUGAGUUUCUCUCGCGAAUUGCGGCCCGACGCGAGAACCCAGACUUCAACUUCUGCGACAUCGAGGAGGACCGCGCACUCGUCAUGUCUCUCUGCAUCAAAGUCGCCGACCUGGGCCACUGCGCGCUGGACGCAGAGAGCCACAUCGCGUGGACGACGCGGCUGAAGCAAGAGUUCUUUGCACAGGGCGACGAAGAGAAGCGCCUCGGCCUUGCCGUCUCGCCGCUCUGCGAUCGCUCGCAGCAGGGCCAGCUCGCCAGGAGUCAAGCGAACUUCAUCGAGUUCCUUUUCCUGCCGCUCGCGCAGCACGUCUCAGCGAUCGCGCCCGACGAACGCUUUGAGAGAACCGCGCUCGCCCGGGCGAGACAAAACAUCGUUUGGUGGAAGCGCCAGCAGGCGGAGCUCGAUGAAAAAGGCGAGAGCUAG